CGAUGUUUAGUUACAUGUUGGGAAUCAAAGAUUUGCCUCUAUCUGCCUCCUUCUUCUCGGCUGUUGAUAUCGAUCAUGUUCUUCGCAAAGAAGUGACAACGAAUUGCAAAACAUUAUCUUAUGAUGCUAAAAUUGAUGAUGGUACCCGUAUGACGAUUCACGACAUCCUAAAGAAUACGAUUUCUUUGGGUACAGAAGAUUCCCCAGACACGUCAGAAAAUAAUAAACAAUUAAGAGAACCGCUUGGGAUAUCAUCGGAGUUUCUGACACCAUAUCAGUCUCCCGAUAAUAACAAUCUCUUGAUCAUUCAAUGUUUUUCAGAAGAAGAUAAGGUCAGAUCGAGUAUUAUUAAACUAUAUAGAAAAUCGUCGAGAAAUGAUCAUAAAAAAACCAAAUCGGCGAGACAAUCUGUUAAGAAUGACUCGUCGAAAAAUGAUCAUAAACAAACCAGUUUGUCGAACGAUGAACAAAAUAAUUCGAGCGACGAUCGUGAACAAGAUAAUUUGAGCGAUGAUCGUGAGAAAAAUGAUCAGAGAGAUGACCGUGAGAAAAAUGACCAGGGCGAUGAUCGUGAACAAAAUAAUACAUCGAGCGAUGAUUGUCCUAUAAAAGAAUUGAACCGACUAAAUGCUCAGAAAAAAUCAGAUAUACUUAAAGACGACUCCACAAAAAUCAAAUCAUCGGACGAUGGUUAUCUUGUUGAAUUUGUUAAAAAGUCUAGUAAAAAGUCGGGAAAACCGAAAUCGAAAAGAUCGCUCCUAAAUAAAUACCAAGACAUCUUGAGCGUUUUCCGCAGAAAUUUCCGGUCACAACGGACUUUUUUCUCAUCUAAAAAUUUAUUGGCUCUGCAAGCAACCCAAAGGCUACUUCAAGUUUCCGCAGAGAAAGAUAAGGACGAACAGACCAGUUUUCCCGGUGCAAAAGAAAGCUAUUUCACUAAUAAAAUUCAAUUCAUUCAAAACAUCGAUCCAAUACCGACUUAUCGAGUAAUGGACAGACAAGGGAAAGUACUGGAUCCUUCACAAGAACCACAGGUAUCGAAAGAAUUUGCCGUCAAGAUUUAUAAAGACAUGGUUACACUAAACAUCAUGGAUCUAAUUCUUUACGAAGCUCAACGACAAGGUCGAAUAAGCUUCUACAUGACAAAUUACGGGGAAGAAGCUUACAUUGGAAGUGCCGCCGGUUUGGAUAGUCAAGACAUGAUUUUUGGCCAAUACCGAGAAGCCGGAGUUCUUUUAUAUCGUGGAUUCACUCUGGAUGAAUUUAUGAAUCAAUGUUACAGUAACGAAAAAGACUUGGGUAAAGGUAGGCAAAUGCCCGUACACUAUGGUUCCAAGAAGUUAAACUUUCAGACAAUUUCUUCUCCGCUCGCGACGCAAAUUCCGCAAGCAUCGGGAGCCGCCUACGCACUCAAGAGGGCAAACAUAAAGAGUUGCGUGAUGUGUUAUUUCGGUGAAGGUGCUGCUAGCGAAGGUGAUUUUCAUGCUGCAUUGAAUAUGGCAGCGACAAUGAAAUGUCCGGUAAUAUUUUUUUGUCGAAAUAAUGGUUUCGCGAUUUCCACACCCGCGCUGGAGCAAUACAAAGGAGAUGGUAUAGCAAGCAGGGGAAUCGGGUAUGGAAUUGACACCAUACGUGUUGAUGGA